AUGUGUGCGGACUUGGGUAAUUUUGGGGAUCUGGUGAGAGAAACAAUUGUUGGUGAAGAAACAAAACACGAAGAUGUUUCUAAGUUCGAUUUAUCUAAAGUUUGGGGAAACAAAAGAUUUGGGUCGGAUUCGGUAGGUUCGGUUGGUCACUCCAGAGGCCGAUUAAAAGGAAGUAAUGAAGAUCUAAAUGUGGCUAAUAUUUACACGCCCCAAAGCCUUAACGAAAAAGAGGCUUUGUGGGAUGCUAUUCAUUCGGAGAUUGUGAAUUCUUUCGGGAUGUGGAUAGUUGUUGGGGACUUUAAUGCGGUGAGAUUUAAGAAAAAAAGAAGGAACUGUGCUUUCAAAGCUAGAUGUGCGAGAAAUUUUAAUAGCUUUAUACACAAUAUGGGGCUCUUAGAAUAUAAUAUGCAAGGUAGGCAAUUUACGUGUGUCCGAGACAAUGGCAGGAAACUUAGUAAAAUAGAGAGAAUGUCGGUGUGCCCGAGUUUCUUCAACAAAUGGCUUGUGGCUCAUCUCUGUGUCCUUCAUAACUUAUUCUCGGAUCAUGGUACGCUAAUUCUCACAAUCAGACUUGAUAACUUUGGGCCUAAGCCCUUCAGAACGUAUAAUUCAUGGCUGGGAAAGCCCGGGUUUAAAGAGGUGGUAAUAACUGCCGCAAACUCUUUCCUUUUCAGUGGAGACCCGAAUGUGUUUUUUACGAAAAAACUCGCUCAUAUUAGGAAUCGGAUAAAAGAUUGGAGAGACGAAAUGGUCAAAAAAUAUGAGGAGGAAGAGAACUUAGCCAGAUCGGAGGUUGAAAAACUUGAAGAAUUGCUGGAAAAUAGACUACUUUCAGAGGAGGAAGAAUGGAUGUUUUCAGAAUGUAAUAAAGUUCUUAAAGAGCUAAGUAUGAAAAAGGGUGAAGACCUUAGACAGAGAUCCCAUGUUAAGUGGGCCAUCGAUGGUGACGAAAACUCAAGAUUCUUUCAUGGCAUUAUCAAUAACAGAAAGACGAACUAUUUGAUUCCAGGAGUUCUUAUCAAUGGUAAUUGGGUCACGAAGCCGAAGAAAGUCAAAAAGAGAUUUUUAACUUCUUUAAGAAGAGGUUUGUGGAAGAGCAUCAGACUCGGCCUGCGCUGA